GUUUGUUUAUCGAUGUUAAAUUAAAUGUUUUAGCUGGUCAUAUUUUAAAAAAAAUGAACAUCAACUUCACAGGUAGAAUUGCCCUUGUUACAGGUGCUGGUAAAGGUAUCGGACGCUGUAUCGCUCUUAAAUUAUCAGAGCUAGGAGCUAAAGUCUUCGCUGUUAGCAGGACAGAGGCAGAUCUUGGGAGCUUAAAAGAGGAGGAUUCAGCAAUUGAAACAAGAUGUUUAGAUAUUGGAAACUGGAACAACACAAGGAAAGUGAUUGAAGACGUAGGACGAGUAGAUCUCUUAGUAAAUAAUGCAGGAAUUGUUAGGCACAAAUCUGUUCUUGAAGCAACAGAAGAGUUUACAGACGAACAUUUUGACGUAAACUUUAAGGCAGCUUUGAACAUAUCUCAGAUCGUCGCCAAAGGAAUUAUUUCACGGAAAGGAAGUGGCGCCAUUGUGAAUAUUUCAAGUAUCUCCGGUAUUCUAACUACGCCUGGUUUUCCUAUUUAUUGCACCACGAAGGCAGCCAUGGAUAUGCUUACAAAGUCUAUGGCAUUAGAGUGUGGACCUUUUAAGAUUCGUGUAAACAGCUGUAACCCAGGUGGAGUAUUAACCCCCCUUGGUGCGAUGCUUUUGGCCUCUCAGGAACAAAGAGAUGCUUUUACAGGAAGAAUACCGAUGGGACGAUUCAUAGAACAAGAUGAAAUUGCCAAUACAGUUGCAUUCCUGCUCAGUGACUAUGCAUCUAUGAUAAAUGGUGCCGUCGUGCCCGUGGACGGUGGACACAUAAUACAUAUGUCACCUAACCCUGUCAAGUAGUAACAUUGAUACUUUUUAAUUACACAUAGCCUGACCGGAUGUAUCUUGCACGAUUGUGCAAUUAAAGCAAAAAUAAAAUAGGUGAGAAGGA